AUGUGGGAACUUGAGACCAUGGGUCAAGGAAGACAUAUUUUAAGGAUAGGUGAAAAUGCUGAUUCUAUUAAUAAUUUGGUAAAGGUGGUUAUAGUACUUACUUCAGUAUUUGAAGCAAUAAUACUUCCAGUGUUGGUUUCUCUGGUCUGGAUAUCUAUUUACAAAAUUAAACAAAGAAUGAAUGCAAGUGAUUUUAAAUUGUGCAUGGAGACUACACACGGCUCUACUUUAAAGCUUUUCAUGGAUUUCUUCCUCAGAUAUGAAAGAUUAUCCAAGAGUGUGAUCGUAUUCACCAUUCCAUUACUUUUAGCAACUAUACUAGGGAAAAAUAUACCAAAUAUUAUGCUUUCUGGGAUUAUUGGAUUGCAUGAUUUUACCACCAUUGUGCCUUCCAACAUUGUAUUAUUCAAUAAUGAUUCGAAUUGCGUUUACACAUCAUGCACUUCUGACUUGACAGAAGAAAACUUUGCAUUGGUUGUAAAUUCUACCACCAUACAAGAUACCAUGCGUAGAAAUUAUGUGCAAAAUACUUAUUGGGGUUUAAAUAAUACUCUGUAUGCAGUGCGUGCCAAAAUUGAUCCAGGAUCUUGUGUUUUAGGCAUAGGAAAUGGAUCGGUAGAUAGUAGUAAUCUGGGGAAUGAAACGGAUACGCUCACGAAUACUGGAAGGCUUACAGGUAGCUAUAGUGAUAAUCAUCUCUCACCUAGAAAUGUUAAUGUAGCUUCUUUUGUGCUCACUACAACGAUGAGUGUCGAAAUGAUAGAUAGAUGUGAUAUACCUAUGAAUUUGUUUUAUGUUUCUUCCGAUUUUUCUCCUGAUGUUGUGAAAAUGGCCAAGUGGUUGUAUGAUAGCGGAUAUGUACAUGAUCAAAUUUUUCCACGUGAUUGCAGAGUAUAUAUGGAAUGCACUAUAAAUAUGGAAUGGAAACAAGUGCAAGUAUUUGGAAAUACACCAGAUGAUCUGGAAAUAUCGGAAGUGCGAUCUAAUAACACUAUAGAAAAAUUGCAAGAGAUAGUUUCUGCCAAUGUAAUUGACUCUGACAUCAAUGGAAAAUGGUUUGGAGAAAGGCUUAUUAGUAAUGUUAUAGAUAAAAUGUCAUUACAUUAUCGUUACUUUCUUUUACAAACAAGUUUAGGUGACAUUCUGGAAAUAUCGGAAGUGCGAUCUAAUAACACUAUAGAAAAAUUGCAAGAGAUAGUUUCUGCCAAUGUAAUUGACUCUGACAUCAAUGGAAAAUGGUUUGGAGAAAGGCUUAUUAGUAAUGUUAUAGAUAAAAUGUCAUUACAGUUAACAGCAUGGAGAAACGUUAUCAGAUUCCAAGGAAGCAACCACAGUUACAAUUUGUUAGAUCAGUUUGGUGAUACCUUGUCACAGUCGUUGGCAUCAUCUAUACAAACUAUGAUGAACAAUGUCAGUGUUGAUGUUGAUAAGAAGGAGAUAUUAACGGCUCCGGGGCUUUGGGUAGAGCUUACUGUUUUAAUAUUCGCAAUAUUAUUGACAUGCUUUAUGUUAAUGCCCAUCUUGACAACUAGAAAUCCAAAAAUGUUGUUGCCACUUAGUAUACUGGAUUUUGGAAUCAUAUCCAAUUCCAUUUUCAAAGAAUAUAAUGAUGAUGGCAGCUACAAUCAAAAAAUUUCUUGGCCAUUUGAUAUAGUUUAUUCACAAGAUAAGUCGUAUCGUUUGACUUCGGCGAAUGAAUCAGCCGAUAAUUAA